AUGAACAAGCGCUCAACCGAGGCCUCGAUCGUCGUAUUCGUAAAAGGCCUCUCUCUGGCUCUCGUCUUCCUCGGUUCUCCAGCUCACUUUUCUCCUUGUUUUCGCUCAUUUGCCAUUGCGUAUACGCCGUACUUUUCUUGCUAUUCGUCGCAGAGCCAGCGACUGCCGGCGACACGGUUGACGGUCGCCAUGCCGCCUCGCAGGGCCUUGCGCAGGCCGCACAAGAAGUCUAGGCUUGGAUGCGAAGAGUGUAAACGUCGCCAUGUCAAGUCUUCGUCGUCAAGCACGACUCGAUCAUCCUCUGCCCCAAUUCCCCGUUCGUCCUCAUCCACCGCUGCCGACUCAACUGUCACAACACCUGUGACCGUCCCACCUACGCUGGUCUCCUUAGGCCUGUUGUCUAACGUUUCGACGCCAUCGCUAUCCAUAACCUCUAUUCCUGGCCCAGAUUCCACAACACCACCAUCGGUGCAAUGUGGCGCGUUGUGUUCACCUGUCAACAUUCAUCAUAUGGAGCUUUUCAGCCAGUUCCUCCUCGACACAGGUCCGAGCCUUUACGAGGGAGGGAGUACUGAUUAUAAGCGUUUCCAUGCUAUUGUGCCUAUUGCGCUCUCUGCUCCGUAUGCCAUGUAUCAAAUACUGGCGAUUUCUGCCCUGCACUUGAGCCAUAUAAGGACUGCCCAAGCGAGUCAUUAUCACGAGGAAGCCACGGCCCUCCAAACCGAGGCAUUAAGUCGGUUUAAUGAUGUCUUGCCCGAAAUCACGAUUGAUAGUUGUGCACCUAUGCUGCUAUUCUCGACCCUUCUCAGCCUUCAUACCCUUGAGGAAGCAGUCACAGCCUCGGAAACGGAUGCAGGUGGAUUCUUGGACAGGUUCGUCAUGUAUCUGGAUCUUCACAGGGGCGUGCGUGCCGUUACUAGCGAAUCAUGGCAGUUGCUGUUGCACUCUAACAUUUCGUCUCCGCUUCGUCAUGCGGAACGCGCAUUAGAAUCUGCCUCUUUACAAUCUAAUGAGCAAGCCACUUUCGUCGCUGACCGACUGCAUGUCCUGGUUAACGACGCUGAUAUGGGACCAGAAUCCGAGCAAGCAUGCCGUGAAGCUGUGGAGAGUCUACAGCUCGUUUAUCGGUCUACAUCCUCGAUAGGAAAGACAUCUCCCGAGAGUGACCCUGGCGUGGUUUGGGCAUGGCCUACCUUGCUGUCAGGCGUUUUCACUAAACUUCUUAUAAAACGAAACCCCGAGGCACUCAUCAUUCUUUGCCACUACGCAGUUCUCCUUCAUCGAAGACGUCACAUAUGGCUCGUACGCAAUGCUGGUCAGAUGCUCAUUUCUGAGAUCACACGGUUUCUUGGCACGUAUUGGUCAGACUGGCUCGACUGGCCGAACAAGGUACUCCCAGACCUUCUCUGA